CACUGUGAUGAACCCGAGACGGUUCAUCGUUUUUUUUUUCCGAUUGCAGCAUGUCGGCAGAGUGCUUGGCCGAGGAAGAGAUCCCGGGGCACGGCGGCUCUGAGCUUCACCCGGACUCUGUUCUACGCUCCGUGUCGCAGCUGAGACUGAGAGCGCUGAACCAGAGAGCGAUUUGGCCGCUGGGCUUGGAGGACGAGUUCCUGUUGAAGUUUCUGAGAGCCCGCGACUUCGACAUCGACCUGGCGCUAGAGUUACUGUCAAACUACCAUAAAUGGAGAGCUGAAUGCCCUGAGAUCAGCGCAGAUCUGAGGCCUUCAUCCAUUAUAGGUCUCCUAAAGGCUGGUUACCAUGCAGUUUUGAGGUCUCGUGAUUCUAGUGGAAGCAGAGUUUUGAUAUACAACAUUGGACAUUGGGAUCCCAAGCUGUUUUCAGUCUAUGAAGUAUUUCGUGUCAGCCUGAUCACAUCAGAACUAAUUGUGAAGGAGGUCAAGACACAACAAAAUGGUGUAAAGGUUAUCUUUGAUCUCUAUGGAUGGCAAUUUGCUCACGUUUUACAGAUCAAUCCAAUAGUUGCUAAAAGAAUUGCUGCAGUAAUUGUAGACUCCUUUCCUCUGAAGGUCCGAGGCAUUCACAUGAUCAAUGAGCCAGUGCUAUUUCAUCCAGUCUUUGCUAUAAUUACAAAAUUCUUUUCAGAAAAAAUCAAGGGACGUAUUCACAUGCAUGGAAAUAAUUAUGAGUCCAGUCUUAGAAGGUACUUUCCAGUCCAGAUUCUUCCACCUGAAUAUGGCGGCCAAGGACCUCCUUAUGAAGAACUCUGUCAGGAAUGGACCAAUUUUGUGCUGCAUUCUGAGAAAGAACUUCUUGAGCUCUCACUUGUUACUUGAUGCCAUAUGCCAGUGACUAGAAUCUGAAAAACAGUGGUUUUUCAUGGUGUUAAGUCAACGUAAUCCAAGUGCCGAAAAAAGAUGAAAUCUUACAGAACAAAUCUAUAUCUACUAAUGCACUGCAAUGUAUUAUAAGUAUGAUUCUUUAUAGAGAUAUUAAAUAUUGAAUAAAA